AUGCCAGCUGAAGAAAGCUUCUGGAAGAUCGCUCCGGAAGAUGGGGCUGUCGGUGAGGUCGGGGUUUGCUGCGAAGAAGGAACGUGUGAUGCUGAGCUGGCAUGGGAAGCGAAGUGGCUCGGCACGCAGGUCUGGCCGGACCUAGCCCGGUCCAGGCGGGUCGGUAGAGGAGCAGGCAAAGGGAACCCGUACCUGAGGCUCGGAGGGACAUUGGCUGCUUCGGCUGGAGGCAAGGUCAACUGGCACGUGCCUCAGGGUAUGCUUGGCGCGGCGGAUCAUGAUGGUGACAAUAAAGGCGGUGACACUAACGAAGAUGCUGGUAUUAUCGAUGGCGAGUUAGUGUUGGAGGGAGGAGAGAGAGGUGAUAUCGUUGCUGCUCCGUUGGUAUUAUCAGCCACUGUUGCUGAUGUUAGCCGCCAGCCGUCCCGCACAAUCCACCACCUCCCCCCUCGCGACCUCCUGCGCGUUCCGCCCGGCGCGUGCGCGGCGUGCGGGGCGGACAAGGCUGGGUCCGCGGACUGCGUGCGCGCGCACUGCCACGAGGCGGACGAGGACCUGGAGGCGGAGCUGGGGCCCGCCGCGUAUCACGCCCUAGGGCUGGCGGAAAUGGGGGAGAAGGUGGCGGAGGGGUGGAGCCCCGAGGAAAUAGAGCUUUUCCUUACUAUUGUCGAACUUUACCCGCAGAGUAAGGGUCUAGACUUCUGGGGACCCCUAAAACGCGCGUUUGCGUCUGCUGGAGGGGCGGAGGGGGAGGCUGGGGGGGAGGGCGCGGGGGACCAGGGGGGGAUUCUAGCGGGGAUGGGGAUGUGCGCGGAUGGGCGGCGGAGGAGGCGCGUGCGGAGUGUGAAGGAGCUGGUGAGCUUCUAUUUCAAUGUGUUUGUGCUGAGGAGGCGAGCCCUGCAGAAUAGGAUUCUGGGCAUGGAGGCCGAUUCUGAUGAUGAUGAAACGGAAUUGGUGGUGGAAGAGGAGGAGGAGGAGGAGGAGGAAGAGGAGGGGGAGGGGGAGGAGGGGGAGGAUGGGAGAGUGCAUGGAAAGGGGGGGGCAGAGUGGGAGGACGGGGCAGCAAACCGGGCAGGAGACGGGGAAACAACGGUGGUGAGCCGCGAGACGCCUGUGGGAGAGGAGCGAGCAGCAGGAGGGGAGCAGGCGGAUAUGCAGCUGCAGGGUAGGUCGAGAGCAGAAGAGGUGGACGCACAGCAGAUGAACCGUGACUUGAAGACGAUUCCUGGUUCAAGUGGAGAUGGGAAUCGACCCUCGGGUCUGUUCAAAGCGCCAGCUGAUCGCCCACACAGGGUGAAGGUGAAGUGUGUGCAUGGGAAUACGUCAGCAUCACUCGUCGACACGUCAGCAGCAGCGCAGUUCCACUCGUUAAAUGAAGGUUCCAGGAAGCGUGCAAGAGAGGAAAUGGAUCUUCCAGCAGCAGCAGCAGCAGCAGCAGCAGCAUCAGCUGGAGGAACAACAAGCGAAGAUGCUGAUGCUGCAGGAUUUAACACGUUUGACAAUGCUGCUAAUCUUUCAGGCUGCUCCCCAGCCAACUCUCCUGCGCUUCCAACCACUGCUGCACUCUCAGACCCGUCCGCACUCACAUACGCAGCCGCACCUUCCCAGAAGCAGCACGUGUAUGCUCCCAGCUCACCUGGUGGUCUCAUGCACUCAGGUGCUUCUGCAGCUGCUGAUUCCUGGAUUCUCACCCACAGUCCCAGUCCCGCACACAAACCCACCUCACCAGCAGGAGGAGGAGUGAGUGGUGGGAGCAGCCUUUGCAACAGUUUCAGUGGGUGUGGCGGCAGCAGUGGGUUCGCUUCGGGUUACAGCCUAGGGCAGGAGUUUCCCAGGGAAGGAGGCGCAGUGGGGAAUGAGGUGGAUGCUGGUGUGGGGGAGAGGCGAGGGAUUGAGAGGUUAGGGAGUGAGAGCAGCAGGCAGGUGGAUGAGUGGAUGGAUGUGGACUUGGGUACAGAUGCAGAGGCAGGACGAGAAGCGCAAACAGCAGGCGCUGCUGACGUGGCUGCUGACAGCGUGGCGAAUCUCUAUGCGUGUGAUGCGAGUAGGGGAGCGGAAAACCUCAGGAUUGUACCUGCUGCUGCAUCCCUAGAGCCGGCUACACACGUCAGUGAUAUGGCAUCGGCGAAAGCAAUCGCUAGUCGCCCUGCGAUCAAAUCCGGCUCCGAUGGCGGAUUCGGGGGGGGCUGCGGCAGCUUUAGCCCCGCGGAUCGUGCAGCCAAGGCGGGGAAUCGCGCGCAGCUGGCGGCUGUGUUCCGCGCGUACGGGCGGCUGCGCGCGGCGCUGCAGCGGCGGAGAGGCGACGGCGGGGAACCGCCGGGAGCGGAUAAAGACAUCCAGGCAGCGUUCUUUGCGAUGCUUGACGCGGCUCAAGGCUGCAUCAGCGUGCGGAGGGUAGCAGCGGGCCUCAUCCCCCGCUAUGCGCGCUUCUGCCCCUCGGGAUUGCCGGACGCGGCACAGACGCUCAUGCAGCUCGCGGAUUGGUGCGUGGCGGAGCUGCUGCAGCGCCAGGGGGAAGCGGGGGGAGUGGGGGAGGGGGAAGCGGAGGGGGGGAGAGGCGCGCAGGGGGAAGCAGGGGACGGGAGAGGCGCACAGGGGGAAGGGGCGGAGGGAAAGUCCGAGCAGGGGGAAAGGGGGGUGCAGGGGCAGCAGGGGGAGUCAGGGGCGCGUGAGAAAGCAGGUGGAGGGGAAGCAGGAGGAGGAGCAGCAAAGGAAGAAGAAGGGUCGGGUAUGGAACAAGGCCCUGGCGAUUCCACGACUGCCGCCUCUGCAGAGGCAUCAACAGAAUCAGCAGCAGCAGCAGCAGCAGCAGCAGCAGCAGCUGAGCGCCCUGUACCUGGUGGUAUCAACAAAGCAGCAUGUCGCCGCAAUCUCGGCCCGCCGCCCGACGACACCAAGGUAAUCAUGGCGACGGUGCGGUCGGCGUUCCUCGGCCUGGCGUCCAUCCUGGCUGUAGCGGCGGCUGCAGCGUCUGCUACAGCCCCCUCCUCGCGCACGUCUGCUCCGGCGUACCUCUCCUCUGCUGUGUCUCGGGAUGUGGCCCGGCCUUUAACAGGAGAUGGAGCGGUAUCAGCAGCAGCGUUGGCUGAGGGCAAACGGGGAGUUUCUCCUGACGGUGGCUCGUUGUACGAUGCAGAAAGGAACAGAACUGGAGGUAGCAGCACCGCAGUAGGGUUACCACCAGACUCAGGCUCGGAGGACGGAAGCCUGGAGCUGACCGCAGGUCCGGAGCUAGCCUCGGUUAAGCAGAUCGUGGCAGCGGCGGUGGUUCGGGCGAUGCAGUUACAGCCAGAGGCGAUGCUGGGAGCGGCGAUAGAGCAGGCAAGGACGGGGGGGUGUGGAGGGGUGGGGAGGGGUGGUGGUGAGAGGCAGAGGGGUAAGCAGGCGAUCUCGUUUCUUCUGCAGGCUGGUGGUGGGGACAGGGGCGAGGGAGAGAGGGACGAGCGGGGAGGAGUGGGGAAGGAGGCGCAGCAGAGGGAAUUAGAGAGGGGUGGGGCGGCAGGAGGAGCAGGAGCUGCUGCCGCUGCUGCUGUUGGUUCAGGUGUUGCGUCAGGUGCUGGCUCAGGUGUAUCUGGGUGGUCGUGGGACGGGGAGGUGUUUACUGUGACGCGGUUCCUGGAGCUCACCUUCUGUUCCGAGGCAGGGGCGCCUGUCCCGGUGGAGGGCGUAUCUGGGGAAGGUCACAGGACGGUUCUGCGGUCCCUGUUUGAGAAAUUCGGGCCCGUGGAUGAGGUGGUGGUGGUGGCGGGCAGCGGGGCUGUGAGGGCGAGGGAGGGGCUGAAUGGGGUGGUGCUGUGGGGGAGAAGGCUGCACGUGCGCUUUGGGGAUGGACCGGGGGGGGUGUUACCUGGUGCAGGUAUACCUGGUGGGGGAGGGCUGAUGUUGGCACGAGAGCGAGGAGGAGGAGAGAUAGGGAUGGAUGGGAGGGAUCGGGAUCGAGACAGCCUGCGGGAGCUAGGGUAUAGAGAGGGUGGCAUGAGGCAAACUGGGUUCUCUCCCAGUCUCACCGGCUCGCCUCUUGGUCUUGUUACCAGUAACCGGAGGGCGUUGGGGUUACCUAUAGGUGCAGCUGCUGCUGCUGCCGCCGCCGCUGCUGCUGCUGGCAGGGGCUUAGGGUUAGGGUUUUUGGGAGCGCAUUUGGGGGGGUUUGGAGGGGUGGGGGGGGGAAUAGGGGGAGAGAGAGGGGUGGAGAUGGGUCGAGCAGGUACGCCUCCUCUUCCUCUGCCUCCUGCUGCGACUGCUAGCGGGGGUUCUGAGGCUCUGCCGCCUGCUUCUCGGCUGCAUGUGUGGGUGGGCGGCGUGAACAGUGCGAGCGCCAAGGAGAGCCUGCUGCAGCGGCUGGCAUCUGCCAGAGUCCCGCCGCCCGCCCAUGUGUCGGUCCUAGUCAGCGCCAGCGCACUGCUCCUGGAAUUCAGGAGGCAGGAGGACGCUAACAUGGCGCUGAUGUUCUUAAAACGAGGGGUGGUGCCAGUGCCAGCGGCAGCAGCAGGGGGAGGGGCAGCAGGGGGAGGAGGAGAGGGGGAUGGGGGAGGAGAGAGUGGGUAUGUCCGUGGUGCGACCCCUGCUGGUUCUGCUUCAGCUGAUGGUCGUGUUGCUGGUGAUGCUGGUGGAGAUAGUGGGCUAGCAGGGGGAUUCAGAAGAGGGGGGAGUAGAGAGAGAGCGGCAGCAGCAGCCAACACCCCCGGCGCGCAGGCUGUAGCGGCGGCAGCAGCCGCCGCGUCAGGGAUGACGUCAGCGCUGGUGGUGGGCGGCCCGUCUGCCGCCCGGCACCUGUGGGUGGGGAAGAUCGAUCCGACGGUCCCCGAGCACGAGAUUCUGUCGGCGUUUGCACAGUACGGCGAGAUCGCCAGCUGGCGCUUUGUGAAGCCGCCAGGUCAGCAAGAGGGAGGAGCGGGAGCAGGCGGAUCUGGAGCAGGGCCAGCUGGAACAGCAGCAGCAGCUGCUGCUGCUGCUGCUGCUGGCAGUGGUUUCAGUGGUGGGGAGAGUGAAGGGGGAGGGAGCACGGGAGCAGGAGGGGCGGCAGACGGAGUGAAGGGUCAGUCUGGAGGUGCUUCGCUCGUGUCGGCGUUUAUUGAUUUCCGGUCGGCAGAGUCGGCUAUUUUGGCACGGUCCCGACUCAACGGGGCACGAUACGGCUGCUCCAACAUCCAGGUGGAAUUCAAGCAUGCGGCAUCACGAGCAGCACCCUCCCCCCAACACGCCUCUCUCUCCCACCUGCACCACCUGCACGCCCUCUCCCCCGCAGCUCGCCUCAUGCCCCUCGCCUUCCUCCCCAUCCCAGGCCUCCCCUCCCGCCUCCCCUUCACCCCCACUGCUGCCCACACUCUCGCCGCCCAGUCUGCCGCCGCCCACACCCUUGCCGCCCAGUCCGCUGCCAGCCUCAGGUUCCUCCGAAGCAUGGGCGCAGGCUUGGGCGGAGGCUUGGGCGCAGGCUCGGUGCCGGGCCUGGGUGCCGGUGGGAUAGGUUCGGGAGGCGGGCUGGUGGGGGUAGGUGAGGGUGGGGUGAGAGAGAGGGACCAUGAUGGGGGGGCUGCAGGGGCAGCAGGUGCGGCAGGAGCAGCAGCAGGUGCGGGCACAGGUUUGGCAGCAGGCUCGGCAGGAAUAGGAGGAGCUGGGGCUGGAUCAGGAGGAGCGGGAGGAGCAGGAGUAGGAGCGGGAGCAGGAGCAGGAGUGGUGUACGGAACAGGAGGGAAGGAGCGGGUACCCACUAGCACUCUCUGGAUGGGCAUAUCAGAGCAGGCAAUCUCAACCCACUCCGCCGCCAGUGCAGCAGCAGCCAUGGCUGCGUUCAGCCUGUCUGAAUCCGAGUUACAGGGGAUUUUCACGGCUGCUGCGGCGGGCAGGGGGUAUGUGACGCGCGUGCGGAGUGCGAGAUCCAUGAGGGGCCCGUGCCGGUUCAUCGAGUUUGACCGAGUCGAGGCGGCUGCUACUGCGCUGAGGAACAUUGUGGCUUCGGAGAGAUUUGAUUCUGCAGUCCAAGUGCAGUUCAGGGGCAGAGGGGCAGGUGUAGGUACAGGUGUAACGCCAGAUGUAACAGCAGGUGUAACGGCAGGUGUAACGGCAGAUGUAACAGCAGGUGUUAUGACAGGUGCAGGGGCAGCGGACGGAGGGGCCAGUUUUGAGAUAUCUCGGAAGUGGGAUAGUGCACGGGUGGGAGAUGACUUUGCGGGCGGGAUGGGCACAGCAGGUGGGAUGGCAGGGGCAGGACCAGGAGCAGGAGGAGCAGCAGGAGCAGGAGCAAUGGCAGGAGCAGGAGCAGCAGCAGCAGCAUCACCGAUUGGUACAGCUUUUGCGUCGCUUCCUCCCCCCCCUCCUCUGCCUCCUCCUCCUCUUUCUCCCCAUCCAUCUGCCAUUGUUCCGCUCCCACCCACUGCCGCCCCUGUCACGCCUCUCCCGCCCCUCCCACCCCCCGCAUCGUCUCUCCCCCUCACAGACUCAACAGACAGGGCAGGCUUGUUGGGGGCUGCAGGGGAAGGAGAGGAGAGAGGAGAAAGAGGAGGGGGUGGAAGGGCAGGAGAAGGGGGAGCGGUUGCAGCGGGUGGUGCAGUGGGUGGUGCUGCUGCUCCCUCUGUGGGUAUGGGUAUGGGUAUGGAGGGUAUGGGAGGACAAGAGGGUAUGGGGGCACAGGAGGGCAUGGGGGCAGCACAGGAGGAAACAGACAUGGAUUUUGAUGAUGACGAUGGUGCCACUAUCAAGCACAUGUCUGCCGCUGCCAGGCAGCAGAUCCGAGGCAGUCGCUACAACCCCUUGCUCAAAGCAGGCCAGCACGAGCCACUCGGGUGGCCUGAUAAGUUGGAUGUGACAAAGCGGGCAGAUUUCCGGGCAGUGCGAAACACUUUCAAUGCCUGCCCCAGCUCUCGGAGGGAGGUGUGCCUUCUCGUCCCGCUGCCCUCCUCAUCCUCUGCUGCUCGCCCAACCGACGCGGCUGGCCCAUCCUCUGGGGACUAUCUGCGGCAGAAGAAGCUUCGUCUCAUUCGUCUCCUCGUCCUCUCCCGUCCUCCCCUUGCCCCCCUCUUCACAUGCCCACAGUUCACGCGCAUGGUGGACUAUUUGCGACAGAAGGAGCGUGCAGGGGUGGUGAAGAUCCCUCCGGCCAAUGGCGUGUGGCCACGUAUGCUCUACGUGCUGCCGUGGUCCCGGGAGAUGUGUGAGCUGCUGGGGGUCACUACCGACUCCCCUGACUGCCUGCUCGGUCUCAUACUCCCAGCUGUGCCGCUCCCCGCCCACUGA